CCAAUGAAGAAAGAAAGUAAGAGCAAAAAAAAUAAAGAGAAAAUUAAACAAGCUGAAAAAUGGCCAUCAGUGGUAGAUUGUUACGUACCUCUAAACAAUUGGGGUUAGGUGACAAUGCUCAGAAACAAACACCUUGUAAAUCUUUCAAGAAUUAUUCGUUGAGGUUACGAUGUUUAAACAAAGGUAGUAAGAUUAAUGUUGGUGGAGGAGAUGUGGAGAAGAAACCAGUGGCAGCUAAGGCUCAUGUUGGUGGGGUAGGCACCUUGUCAAGGUUGGCAUUUGACGAACCAAUGACACAGAACUGGUUUCCUGAUAUCGGUUUAGUAGUAGAAAAUGUCUCAGAUCUAAUACUUCAGAACUUGAAAACUUUCCUCAAAGGAAUGCCGCACAAGUUGCAUCAUUUACAGUUGUUCAUCGAGAAGGGUAUUUUGGAUUGCCGGUUCUUCACUCUCUUUGCAGUUGCAGGGACUUUGAUUGGUUCAUUAUUAUGCUUUGUUGAGGGCUGUUACCUAGUGGUAGAGUCAUACUUCCACUAUUUUAUCGCACUCUCACAGAAGUCAGACCUCGGACAUGUCGUGCAGCUAUUGGUCGAAGCUAUAGAUAUGUUUCUUUUAGGGACUGUUAUGCUUACUUUUGGAAUGGGAUUGUAUGUCAUGUUUGUGGGAUCAAGAAACAAUGUUAAAGGAGAUCAAAGGUCAGGUCAAAACUUGUCUACCUUUCAGACACUUCCAUCAAUAAUGGGAAUGAAAUCAGUGAUGCAAGCCAAAUCAAGAAUAGGACAUGCACUAAUAAUGCUACUUCAAGUUGGAGUAUUGGAGAAAUUCAAGAAUGUUCCUGUGGUUAAUGGACUGGAUCUAGCUUGUUUUGCUGGAGCUGUGUUUGUUUCCUCCAUUUGUGUAUUCAUUCUUUCUAGAAUUGCUAUCACUACCACAAAGGCUGGCAACUAAGAAAAUCUACCUUUUGAUACCUUUAGGUGGAGAACUAUAUAUAUGUAUAGAGCAAGAAAAUUUGCAAGCAAAAUAGAACUGUAUACUAGUCAACAAUUAGGACUUCUUAUAUAUGACCUUUUUGUUAAAUAUUCUUUCAAUUUGUAACAAUUCAAUAAAAAUUUAUUCAUAUU